CCCUCCCCAUGUAUUCCCAAAAUGAUCCAGGAACUAGCUGAAUUACUGGAAGAAGAAAAGCUAAGUUGUGUGCCAGUGCUCAUCUUUGCUAAUAAGCAGGAUCUGCUCACAGCAGCCCCUGCCUCUGAAAUUGCAGAAGGACUGAACCUGCACACCAUCCGCGACCGAGUCUGGCAGAUCCAGUCUUGCUCGGCUCUCACGGGAGAGGGCGUUCAGGACGGCAUGAACUGGGUCUGCAAAAACGUCAAUGCAAAGAAGAAAUAAAAUCUUGACGAAUGGAGACGCAGGAGCUGCGGGAGCUGAAUUCUGUCCUGAAAAACACUAAUUUGCUGCUUUCUGACCAAAUGUUUUUCCAUCUGUGUACAGCUACAGCUGUGUGAAGAGAGGGAACAACACAGUUUUAAAAGAAUCCCCAUUCCAGCAGUAGAUUUAACAUGAUCUCUGAGGUUCAGUAUCAUUUUUCAAAUAAAGGAAUUAUAUUAUUUCCUCUGCAUAA